AACACGGCAGCCGCUGGGACCGCACCGAUGGACACCCGCGGCUUUGAGCCGCGCCUUUCUCUGUGCAUCCUGCUCGAGCCGCGCCUUUCUCUGUGCAUCCUGCUAGUAACGCCUUCGGGUUAUUGCCAGAGCACUGGACAAGUUUAAAAAGACACAUGAUGAUUGUUUACUGUUUGUGUUUCUCAGCUGUGGCAGAGUGAGACAGUUUCGCUUUCAGUUCUCGGCGCUUUAGCCCUUCAAACAGGAGCGGAUGCUUAUUUAAAGGGUACUUUAACGAAAUCAUAAGUUUGAGUUGUACAUAGAGUCAGAAGGAGGUCUCGAUACAUUGAAUUAGGCUUGCUGGUAAAGGGGCUUUGCUGGCUGAUUUCUGCGGGGAAGAAAGUUGAGGUACAGUCUGAACAUGGUGUUACAAUAUGGUGAAAAUAAAGGUUUUUACAUUUUACUCUUUAGUAUCAACACACUCCAAGAUAUUUUUGCAGUUUAUAUCCUGUAAUGAUGUGAAUUUGCAUAAUAGUAGUUCUAUACUGGAAUCUAGACUAGAUUAUACAUGUUGUAGCUGUGCAAACUGUUAGAGAUUCAUUCCCUUCACAGUGAUUUCAGUGCAACAACUUUGCUAUUAAGCUCAACAAGAAAUGUGAUUAUUCAGUUAACCAAAGAAGACUUUAUUUAGGUUUUGUUCGGGGGGGGGGGUUGUAUAGGUGGAUUUGUGCUUCCAUAGGAGCUAUGUUAACUUCUGUGCAUCCUGGCUUUAACAUGCAUUCCUCACUGAAAUCUCUGACAGAUUGGUUUUUCCUCUCUGGGAUCUUUGCCUCUCCUUUAUGCCUCAAAAAUACUUCAAUUAAUUUGACUGUUUUGGUCACAUUUGACACCAGAGCUGGAUUCACAGAGAUAAUUUCUUACAAGUUCUGUGAAAAUUGGUGGCCAUGGAAAGGAGCUUCAAUUAGUAUCCUCAGUAAGGAAUAGGCAAUUACGUUUGCCACUUUAUCUGUUCAAGAGAUAUCAGACAAACAAUCUAUGCAUGAAAGCCGUUGGUGAUUAUUACAAGCAAUAUCAUGUGCUAGUAGUGUUAUGCAUAUUUAGGUUUACUGUAGUUAUCAAACCCAAGGUGCUCCUUUGCUCUUCACUCGCAGUCCCCUGGAAGGGAUAUGUGAAUGGUAGGCCAGGGACAGCAUAAUGUUCUCUGAAUUGUAAGCCAUCAUAUCUGUUAUGAUUACAAUUUCAGAACUCUGUCAUUAGGGGAAUAUGUGCUGAAAAGUCCACAAGUCCCAUCCGUGUUGAUUUGAAAUUACUAUAUAAUAGUAUUUGUUUGGCUAUUAAUAACUAUUGCCUUUGCUGACUAAGGAGAACAUGCUAGGCUUUGUCGUCGUUGGAAAUUUUUUGCUGAGGAUCUGAAUAAAGGCUCAGGAGCAAAGGCUUCUGAGUUGUCAUCCAGUCAUUGACCAGCUGGAGCUGGUCAGCUGACCAGCUUUUUAACCUGGAUGCAGACCAUUGCCUAAACAUGGCUUUAUGCUAUACAGGUGCACAGCCUGAAAACCAGCCGAAAAGAAAGUGGUACCCCAAAGUGCCUUUCUUACAGACAGGCUCUGUGUUCCUUGGCAAGCAGUACAAAAUGUGGGAUUAUGUCUCUAGGGUGCUCAGUUGUAGUUUUCUCUGGUAGUGUAUGGAGAGAAACAGGUUCUGCUAGACAGAAAUUCCUCCUGCUUGUCUGAGACACCACACAGUGUCUGAGAUAGAGACAUGCUGUUUCUUUUUCAUACACAAUGUGUAAAAUUGUCAAAAGGUGUAUUAACAUCGUAUUUCUAAUUUUUUCCCCUGUAUCAGUAUUAGUGAGGCUAAUAGGCUUAGAAGACUGAAAACAUCUUGCAUCUAUAGGAUUGUGGCUCUGUACUGAUGUCAGUUAAGAAUUCCAGCAACAUAAACCUAUUACUUUUAAAAUCAUAAUGUGGCUUUGUGAAAUAAGGUAAAAUGGAGGAGAGAUAUAAGGCUGCUACAAAAAAAAAUUGUGAAAACUUACUUAAAAUACAGAAGGCAGAAGUCAUCGGCCAUGAAUAUUGCUGCCUUCUUAGAGAUGGAGAAAAAGAGAAUGCAGGGACAAAACCCGCAUUGCAGGGGAAUUCUUUUUGAUUCCAAAUGUGUGGUUAAUUUACAUAGAAUAGAUGGCAUUUGUUCUAAACUGUAGUAUAGGAAAUAUCAGCAACAGUUACAUUAAACGAGGAGGAGAGAAGCUGUGGAUACCCUCUCCCUGGAAGGGUUCAAGGCCAGGCUGGAUGGGGCUUUGAGCAACUAGGAUACUGGAAGGUGUCCCUGCCCAUGGCAGGGGUGUUGGAACUAGAUUAUCUUUUAAAGUCCCAUCUGACUCAAACUCUUCUAUGUUUUUUUUGGUUCAUGAAAUGCCAGGACAAGAAAUCCAAUAGAUAAUUUGAUGUAACCACUACUUCUACAGACUGAUUCAGACGUAGGGCUACUGGAGUGAAAUACAUUUGGUCUUACCUGACAUGAAUAUAAUACUCUUCCUCUGAACACUUUAUUUAAGGGAAUACAUAUGUCUGGACCCUCUAGCAUAGGAUCUUAUGGAAAGUCAGGAAACUGGUUAAACUGCUGGCAGUAUGACUUGUGAGAUGGUGACUUACAUGUCUGAUAGUUUGUCUAGAACAGAUUCCCUCUUAUCAUACUGUAAAGCUGCUUUUUUUUUUUUCCGAUACCAGACUAUUUUCUCCAAGUUGUGACACUUUAUCCUCUGCUUUUAGUAAUAGUGGAUCACAUUAGGGCUGCCUACAAGCUUGCUGUAAAGUACCUUUAGUGCCUUAGUACCAUAUGUACCUUAGUACCAUAAGACUGGCUUUGGGGAACACAGCUCGUUAUGUCAAGGUGCUGGCUGGCCUUUUCUGGUGAGAAACCAUGGCGAGUGUUUGUGUAUAGCUAACAAGGACUGUCUCUUGGAGGAGGGUGGAGUCUGCAAACAAGCAAUCUUGGAAGGGUACAGAAAUCAAAUGGAUUAUGUUCUGUGCUUUCAGACCGAAGGCUAAGUCUUGAAAACAUGAUCCCUGCAACUGUUCACACUGUCCUGAGUCCUCUAUAUUUAUGCUGCCACAGAAAGAACUGGUUACAGUCGAAGGAGAAACACAAGAAACACUAAGGACUGAAAUGCAGUUGCAGCUAAAGUAUCCUCAUCAUGAAUAGGUACACAACUAUCAGACAGCUUGGUGAUGGGACCUACGGCUCUGUCCUCCUAGGGAGAAGCAUUGAAUCUGGAGAGCUAAUAGCCAUUAAAAAAAUGAAGAGAAAGUUUUAUUCCUGGGAGGAAUGCAUGAACCUUCGAGAGGUUAAGUCUUUGAAGAAAUUAAACCACGCCAAUGUAGUAAAGCUGAAAGAAGUUAUCAGGGAAAAUGAUCAUCUGUAUUUUGUGUUUGAAUACAUGAAGGAAAAUCUUUAUCAGUUGAUGAAAGAAAGAAACAAACUGUUCCCUGAGUCUACAGUUAGGAAUAUUAUGUAUCAGAUCCUGCAAGGGCUUGCAUUUAUCCAUAAGCAUGGGUUCUUUCACAGAGACUUGAAACCUGAAAACCUGCUUUGCAUGGGACCAGAACUUGUGAAAAUAGCAGACUUUGGUUUAGCCCGAGAAAUCCGAUCUAGACCUCCAUACACCGAUUAUGUAUCCACAAGAUGGUACAGGGCUCCUGAAGUCCUUCUGAGAUCCACCAGCUAUAGUUCUCCAAUAGAUAUUUGGGCUGUUGGUUGCAUAAUGGCAGAAGUUUACACCUUGAGGCCUCUCUUUCCGGGUGCCAGUGAAAUUGAUACUAUAUUCAAAAUUUGCCAAGUCUUGGGGACGCCAAAGAAGAACGACUGGCCUGAAGGCUACCAACUUUCAGCUUCCAUGAAUUUUCGCUGGCCUCAGUGUGUACCUAACAACCUAAAAACUCUCAUACCUAAUGCAAGCAGUGAAGCAGUGCAGCUCAUGAGAGACAUGUUGCAGUGGGACCCCAAAAAGCGACCAACAGCUAGUCAGGCACUUCGAUACCCAUACUUCCAGGUUGGGCAUGCCCUGGGUGUUCAGGAACUGGGAAAACAAAAGGAACUGCAUAAUAAAUCAUCUCUGCAUAUUAAGCCUGUCCCUCCAGUACAGCCCCCACCGAAACCUCAUGCCCGAAUUUCAUCAAGGCCUUUUCAACAAAGCCAAUCUUCUCAGCACUCAGUGUACCCAUAUAAGAGAGACAACUCUGGGACUGAACACAGUAACUACUUACAGGAGGACAAAUCUAACCAGGUUCUUCUGCCUGCAAUUCACAAUAAGGUUCCUCAGCAGAAAACAUGUACUGGAGCUGAGAAUAUAAAUGGUGACCUUAAACCAAAACCUAGGCGAAGAUGGGGACAUCUUGCUAGGACAGUGAAGAGUUCCGAAGACUGGGAUGACUUGGAAGACCUUGAUUUCAGCUCUUCCAUCAUAAGAAUGGACUUGAAAAACAAGAAGAGGCAGAAUGAUGAAACUCUUUGUAGAUUUGAAAGCAUUUUGGACCUGAAGCCUUUGGAUGCUGUAGGCUCUGGUGCCAGUGCACGAACUUCCCAUGCAACCCUUUCACGGCAGGACACUCCCACAUUGCGAGUUUCUGCUGCAAAGCAACACUACUUGAGACAUUCUAGGUACCUACCUGGAAUAAGCACAAGAAAUAGCAUAGUCUCCACUUCAAACAAAGAGUCUGUUCCAUCUAAUCCAUGGCCCAGUUCUGAUUUGUCUGGCAAAACUUCUGGUUUGGGAGGAAGUAUUAACAGGAUGAAUUCAGGGCCCAUAGGAUCAAGCGGUCUAACUAGUGGUUAUAUCCCUUCGUUUCUGAAGAAGGAAGUAGGUUCUGCUGGGCAGAGGGUUCAGAUAACACCAGUUGUGGAUCCAUCUUCUGAUUUUGCUUCUCUGACGUCAGUCAGACCCCAUCUGGGAUGGCCAUCCUUCAGUUCCCCCACAAAAAGCUCCCCAAGGUUAAUGCCUCUCCCACCACCAGCUCAGCCGAUCCAUGGGCGCGUUGACUGGUCUGCGAAGUACGGCGCUCACCGGUGACUGUGGAAAAGCUCUCUGACCAGUGCAUGUUGCCCAUAAAAUGGUGGCCAACGUGAGACAAUUUGAUACUGUUUUAUAUACCUGUACAUUUAAAAGAGACAGAUCUUCGAUGAAUGAGACAUUUUGAAGCGUUGUUUUUUACUUAUUGCAUUAAUUUGAAUGCAGCCUUGUACCUUUUUGUAUAAAAAUGUUUUGUUAUAUAAUUGGGUCCAGUUAUUUUCAUAAAACUGAUACAUUUUGUAUAUAUGGCUUAGGGGAUUUGGCAUUUUUAUACAAUAAAUUUUUAUAAUGAACUUUUAAAAAAGUAACUUUUUUUUAUUAGGUUGAACUUUUUUAUAGAAGUGGAUAAAAAAAGCAAAGCGGUGCAAUAUUGCAGUGGAAGAGAAGUACUGAGAAAGGGGCAUUCAUUAGACAUUUUCUGAAGUUUAUGUGCUAAAUGAAGCUGUAUAAUUUCAGUGAUGCCAUGUCUUGAUGCCAUGCUUCUGUUGUCCUAUAUUCAUUUGCUUCAUACUGGCUAGAGGAGUGAGUGACUAACAGUCUAAACUCUCCUUUGCAGUCGCUGAGACUGCUGAAAGUCAGUGGGAGGCACUUUCUUUUUAAAUUUAUUUUUGCCUUUAAAAGGUUUUUGUUGGACUGCUAUCCAAAUUUACCAAAUCUAGGGAAUCUUCUUGUUUGGUGGAGGGUAAAUACCCUUCUGUAAAUCUGUUUUCUGACACAGUGCUCUUUUUUCCUGCUUCAGAGUUGCUCCUUGGCAUUGUUCACUAUGAAACAGAAUGUGGAUCUACCCUGUUAAAUUCGUUUAAAUGUUCUAAUCAUUUCUAAGGAGAAAAAUCAGAUUCUGUUUCUUCUUUUUCUUUUGUUGUGAAUAUAAAAGCUAAAGACAUAUUUAAGACAGUAUUAACAAUUAUGAAACUUUUUUCAGAGAAAAAGAAUAUUAGUGAUACAACAGCAACAGAGUUUAAGUAAACAUAUCUAUGCAGCUGACUUUUCACAACUGUCUUAAAUCACUUUUGGGAAAAGAAAAACAAACCAAGAACAACCACCCAAAACAAUCCAGUGGAAAUAAGUCCAUUUAAGCUUACUUAAGUUCUUACUCAGUUCUUCUUCACUACAAUACAUCUUCAUUUACAAUGUGAAGAAUAUGUAAGCUUCUGUAAAUUAGGCCUGCAGGCUCUACAGGGAAAAAUGGGACCUUAUCUGGUCCUGUUAAGAAAAUGUAAAAUUCUGGUUGAUUUCACAGAAACUGAUACAGCCCUUUGAAGAGCAGUUUAAUUCAGUUUAUAAGAGAGUAUGAGUUAUAUCAGGUUAUAGAGAAAAGAAAAUAGCCCCAUAGUCUGGUUUAAUUCUGAUCUGUAAAGGAGUGCCAGAGUCCAGCAGAAGAUUCAUUUAGAUCACAGUCAGCAUUUGGCUGUUUCCUGCACCUCCUUCCACAAAAGGAAGGUAAAGAGUUUGGUGCUGUGGGAGAACCUCUUUUAGAGCUGUGUUUUGGAGCAACCGCCAAAGCUGAAGUAUGCCGAGAAGAUGCAUCUUCCUGCAGAAGUGUGCAGAAAUUCUCAUCUUUCUGAGCUCAUUGUGUGAAGGCAGAUUCUUUAUUUAUGAGACUUAAAUCCAACCUAAAGGGAUCAGAGUAGGUACAGUUCUCAGCAUCCAGCUGUUUUGUGGGAACUGAACAGUUCCCGUGUCAGUGAGAUCCUCUCCAUGGGAUCUGCCAGCACGCUCAAGGGGCAGCUGCUGUGGACUGGAGACUGAGAAUGCAUUCUGGCCUUUUCAGUGCUUCCCAUGGAGAAUUCAAGGAUCCCUUCCCAUGGGAUUUCAAGGAAACUGUACCCUGGAGUAGGGUGCUGGCUCAGUGCUAUAGGGGGAACCACUGGGAGCAGUAGUUACUGUUUGCUUUUACAAGCUCAGUCCACAGUGAAACAGUACAAGACAAAGAGGGAGCAAAAGUGUGCAUGUAAGACUUGCACAUGCCAAAGACAUCUUAUGUGUCCCUCUACUCUGUUAUCUGUGCACAGCAAGUUAUGCAUAGCCAGUGCAUAACUCCAAACCAUACCUAACUGCUCCCAAAGCAGUGAUGCCAAUGCUUAGCAGUAAAGCAGCCAUUCAGUUUCUAAAGCAUAUGCUGAUGGUGUCUGUGGGUAAGUGGAAAGGGAAAUAUGUAUAUUUAUGUUAGAACUGGAAAGAUAGUUGUUUCUCUUGGUGGAAAUAAUAUCUGUAUUUAUGUCUACAUAUAAUUUAAUUUAUUUUAUCUCUGUCUCAAGAAUGAACACCCUGAACCUACCCUAAGUAUCCCUAGACUUAAGUAGGCAAUUUAACCAGUCUGGUCUGUACAUUUACUUUCUACAAGUAGGAGAAAGAGAUGAACAAGUCAUGAGAACAGGCUGCUGAGGCUUGGAUUCAUCAUACAUAAGUGUGAGCUCCUUUGUUAAGAGCUGACUCUUUAGACCUGUGGUGAGUGAGAAUCAUCUCAAAAGAAAUCUGUCUCACCUGAGAACAUACUAGUGCUCUGGAAGUGCCUGUCUCUCUCCACUAAGGAUGGGGACAACUCAGAGAUUCAAAUAACACAGGAUGAAUCUGUGAACUUGGCCUGUAAUCUCUGACCUGCAGUGAUUUUUUUGACUAUAGCAUUCAGGCUUUAACCAGUCCAACAAAAAGAUUAGAAAAAGAAGUUGUACUUUUUUUAUUUUGGCAUAUCUCCUCCUUUCGCAAGGUAAAGUCUUUAUUUUUGGAAAAAAAGGUAAUAAUCUUGAUGUUCAGCAUCAAUUCUGCCAGUUUUAACUUAGUGGCACAGAGAAUUAGCUAAGUAUAAUGGCAGCACCUGUAUCCUUUACUAAGCAAAUUUCUAGUAAAUUUGGAAAAGUUCUUUCUGAGCAGGAUGGAGCUGACUGAGUUUAUGUAUUCUAUUCUGCUGUCUCAGUGUGCAAUACAGAUAUGGAAAAGAUGGAGGUCCUUGUUGUACCGAAAUCUGGACAAGCAGCAUAUCUGAGAAUUUAUGAUAUGUAACCUACUACUUUAUGCUUUAAUAUUUAGCAGGAUCUUUAUGCAAAAUGUUUUUAGAAUUGUAUUGUUUAGGUUUUCUCAGGCUUAGGUAUAAUAUAUAAUAAUAAUGACUGUUGGAAAUAAAGGAGUCUGACAGUGGAUUCAUUCACCUCUGUAAUCCGGAUUUUCCUAAAAGUAUUGUGUAAGUGCCAUGAUGUUAGCCAAAAAACCAAACCCAUGCCAGAAAACCCACUCCAUGGUGUUUCUGUAUCUAAUAUGGCUGUUUAUAUGAGAAGGAUGUUCUAUAAUGUGAGGAGAAAAGUAUAUACUGAAAGAAUAUUUUAGAACUUAACGUGGAAGGAAGGGGUAGAAUUGUCAAAGUGAGUGAAGAAGUAAUGGUUCUUGUUUAUUCAGUGUUUUUGUUCAGAAACAUUCUAAAUGUUUGUUUCACUCCUUCUGUGUCAAGUGUCCUGCCCAGAAUAAAGUUACUCUUGAAGAAGUA